UGAUAGAUUUGUGACCCACCCUGUAUAAAAUACAUUCAUGCUAACAAUCAUUCCUAACCAAUGCAAUGGCAUCCAAUGCUCAACCCACAACUCCAUGGCCGGAGAUCCUCGGAAGCAAUAACUGGGAAGGCCUUCUCGACCCAUUAGACAUCAAUGUCCGAAUGCUCAUCCUACGCUGCGGCGACUUUUGCCAAGCCACAUACGACGCGUUCAACAAUGACAAGAACUCCAAGUAUGCUGGCAGCAGUCGCUACGGCAAAAAAUCAUUCUUCCACAAAGUCAUGCUCCAACCGUCCCCAUCCGAUUACCAAGUCGCCUCAUUUAUUUACGCCACCGCCAAAAUCUCGGUUCCUGAAGCCUUCUUUCUUCGUUCCUUGUCUCGUGAAUCGUGGGACCGCGAGUCUAACUGGAUCGGGUAUAUUGCAACUACAACCGAUGAGGUCAGUAAGGCUUUAGGCAGGCGAGAGAUCUACAUCGCGUGGAGGGGGACCAGUCGGGAUUUGGAGUGGGUUGAUGUUCUAGGAGCUAACAGCACGUCGGCUGAACCACUCUUACGACCCAAAGCGUUUACUCCUACAACAACUGAAACCAAAGACGGUGGUAGCAGCAGUAGCGAUAGCGAUAGCGAUGAUGAUGACACCAUACCAAAAGUUAUGCGGGGUUGGUUAACGAUAUACACUUCAGAUGAUCCAAACUCAUCUUUCACAAAAGUAAGUGCAAGAACACAAGUGUUGUCAAGUAUCAACCAACUGGUGGAAAAAUACAAAAAUGAAGACCUCAGCAUAGUCAUCACCGGACACAGCCUCGGUGCAAGUUUAUCGAUCGUGUCAGCCUUUGAUCUAGCGGAAAAUGGUAUCACAAACAUCCCGAUUGCGGCUUUCGUGUUUGGUUCACCACAAGUGGGUAACCAAGCGUUCAACGACCGUCUCAAUCAGUUCUCCAACGUCAAGAUCCUUCACAUAAGGAACAAGAUCGACCUCAUUCCGCUUUACCCAAGCAAGUUGUUGGGAUAUGUAGACUCCGGUGUUCAAUUUGAAAUCGAUACGAGAAAAUCUGAUAGCUUAAAGGAUUCGACUAACACCGGUGACUGGCACAAUUUGCAGGGGAUGUUGCAUGUUGUGGCGGGGUGGAAUGGGGCGGAUGGUGAGUUCGAGUUAAAGGUUCCAAGGAGCUUGGCAUUGGUGAAUAAAUCGAGCGAGUUCUUGAAAGAUGAGUACUUGAUACCGGGGUCCUGGUGGAUCGAGAAAAACAAAGGUGUGGUUUUGAAUGCAAGUGGUGAUUGGGUUUUGGAACCACCUGAUGAAGAAGACAUUCCAGUUCCAGAUGAUACAUUGGUAGAUCUUCCGGUUCCAGAAGCGCCAGAAGAUACACCGGUUCCAGAAAAUACAGUGACAAAUCGUCCUAACCGUUUUUGUUCAAUUUUGUAAUUUCAUUGUGUUUGUGAUAUGAUUUGUAAUUUGUUCAACGUAGAAGUGAUUUGUUUUGUACCAAACAUGGUGGAUUUUCUGA